UCUUUCAUCGGCCACGGCCGCUUUCAUCAAUGGUCUUUAUGCGAUUCCGCCCUCAGCUCAUCUUCUCCUCACUCCUCCACUCCAUCCCUAAACCCAGAACCCCGCCCGCCGCAACCCUAGCCGCCGCCGCCGCCGCGCGCCGCCGACACCACACCACCGCCGUCGUCACCUCCAUGGCCGCGCCGUCGGAGGACUCUCUUCGGCGCGCGCUCGCGGAGCGGCAGGCCGCCGUGGACGCGCAGGCCGAGGCCGUGCGCGCUCUCAAGGCCGGCGGCAGCGCGUCCAAGGCAGAUGUGGACGCGGCGGUCGAGGCGCUGAAGGCGCUCAAGAUCGAGGCCGGCGCCGCCGCGCGCCGGCUGCAGCAGGCCGUCGGGGCGGGCGCGGGCGGCGCCGCGAGGGAGGAGCUGCGGCAGGCCGUGGUGAACACCCUGGAGCGGAAGCUGUUCUACAUACCCUCCUUCAAGAUCUACCGCGGGGUGGCCGGUCUCUACGACUACGGGCCGCCUGGGUGCCGCGUCAAGGCCAACGUCCUUUCCUUCUGGCGCCAGCACUUUGUUUUGGAAGAGAACAUGUUGGAGGUUGACUGCCCCUGUGUCACACCUGAGAUCGUCUUGAAGGCAUCAGGCCAUGUUGAGAAGUUUACUGACCUCAUGGUUAAAGAUGAGAAGACAGGCACAUGCUACCGUGCUGAUCACUUGUUGAAAGAUUUUUGCAAGGAGAAGCUUGAGAAAGAUCUUGCCUUGCCUCAAGAGAAGGCUGACGAAUUUAAGCGUAUUCUUGCCAUCUUGGAUGACCUCUCAGCAGAGGAACUUGGUGCAAAGAUUAAAGAAUAUGGCAUUGUUGCCCCUGAUACAAAGAAUCCGCUUUCUGAUCCGUACCCAUUCAAUCUUAUGUUCCAAACAUCUAUUGGCCCCACUGGUCUUAGCGUGGGGUAUAUGCGACCCGAGACUGCACAGGGCAUUUUUGUGAACUUCAAGGACCUGUAUUAUUACAAUGGCCAAAAGCUUCCCUUUGCAGCAGCUCAAAUCGGGCAGGCUUUUAGGAAUGAGAUCUCGCCGCGACAAGGUCUUCUCCGAGUCCGUGAAUUCACAUUGGCAGAGAUUGAGCACUUUGUGGACCCAGAGGAUAAAUCGCAUCCAAAGUUUUUUGAUGUUGCUGAUUUGGAGUUCUUGAUGUUUCCAAGAGAGCUGCAACUCUCUGGGGAGUCAGCCAAAUUAAUGAAGCUUGGGGAAGCAGUCUCAAAGGGAACUGUUAAUAAUGAGACACUUGGUUACUUUAUUGGAAGGGUCUAUCUUUUCCUGACACGCUUGGGAAUUGAUAAGGGUCGGCUGCGCUUCAGGCAACAUCUACCUAAUGAGAUGGCCCAUUAUGCAGCUGACUGUUGGGAUGCUGAGAUAGAGUGUUCUUAUGGGUGGAUAGAGUGCGUGGGUAUUGCUGAUAGAUCUGCAUAUGAUUUGCGAGCUCACUCUGAGAAAAGCGGUGUCCCACUUGUUGCUCAUGAAAAGUUUUCCAAGCCUAGAGAGGUUGAGAAACUUGUCAUAGUUCCCUCAAAGAAAGACCUGGGACUUGCUUUUAAGGGCAACCAAAAGAUGGUCCUUGAAGCAUUGGAGGCAAUGAGUGAGAAGGAAGCACUAGAGAUGAAAGCUGCACUAGAGUCCAAGGGGGAGACAAAUUUUAAAGUCUGCACACUUGGAAAAGAUGUGGUCAUUACCAAGAAGAUGGUAUCAAUCAGCAUGGAGAAGAAGCUGGAACAUCAGCGAGUCUUCACCCCUUCGGUCGUCGAGCCGUCAUUUGGCAUAGGCAGAAUCAUCUACUGUUUGUUCGAGCAUUCAUUUUACACGAGGCCUAGCAAAUCGGAAGAGGAACAGCUGAAUGUCUUCCGGUUCCCUCCUCUUGUUGCUCCUAUCAAGUGCACCGUGUUCCCCCUGGUGAAGAACCAGGAGUUUGACGAUGCUGCUAAAGUGAUUGCUAAAGCACUAACAACUGCUGGUAUCUCACACAUUAUUGACACUACUGCUAUUUCUAUUGGGAGGCGGUAUGCAAGGACAGACGAGAUUGGUGUACCUUUUGCUGUAACUGUUGAUUCUGCAACAAACGUUACAAUUAGAGAGAGGGACAGUAAGGAGCAGGUUCGGGUGGACAUCGGCGAGGUGGCAUCUGUUGUGAAGCAGCUGACAGAAGGCCAAAGCACCUGGGCCGAUGUCUCUGCAAAGUACCCUGCCCAUGUUGGGCCCCAAGGUGACCAGGAGUGAAAACCCUGGCUAGCAUCAUCUCCAGCCACAUAUUCUCAAGAAGGCGCCAGGAUGGAUGGUCUUCUUUCUUCUCCAUUUGUCGAGAAGAUUCUCUAGCCUAAACAUAGCCGCUUUUGGUAUUGACGUAAUCCAGCAACGCAGUUUUCCCCCCCAUACAUACAUGAUACGUGCUGUAGCGGUUCGACAAACUCAAGUUUGCAUUUUCCCCAGUUCUUUUGCUCCUUCAAAUGUCGUUUUCUCCAUAUAUGGUCUCACCCAUACUACAAAACUUAACCCAUUUGAGUUACUUCUGAACAAGUGGUCCUUGUGUAAGGUCACACUGAUACCGGGAAUUGUUCAGCUACCCGUGUAAUUGGAAUUUGGAAUUUCAGUUACUUGUCCCA